AUGCAUUCGUCUGGUUUUAUUACUGUCGGAAAACAAACCCACGAAUUAAUUGGACGGCUUGAUCUUUUUAACGAUACUUUGUAUUUGGAGCCAACCGAGGACGGUACAAAAUCUUUGGUUUAUUUUGUAAGUUUUACUUUCUUGAUUUUAAUGUACAGUGUAAAUCGAGUACGUCUAAAAUCACUGGCUUUAUCUAGAGGUAUUUAAUCUGUUAGACACGAAAUAAAUAUUGUUCUAAUAGAUAUUACAAAAUUAUUACAAUUUAAAGUUUUGCAGAAGUCGGAUCUUGAUCUGGACGGUCUUCACAACUUUUCAUCAAAAGCUUUCCAUCGCCCUCAUUUCCAAUUCAGUUAUCGGCCAGCUUCAUUCUUCGAGCAGUACCGUGGGAAACGUAACAAUGAGGAAAAGAUUGUAAAGAAUAAUCGAUGUGAAAUCAAACUGGUUGCUGAUUAUGCGUUUUACCGUCUCAUUGGAAACGGUAAUUAUGCCAACGCUGCACGGUAUCUGGUACGUUCUUUUAAAUUUAUAUUUUAGAAUAGUAUUACAAAGGAAUUUAAUUGUUGUCUAUUAUCCUUUGUAAAAUUACUUAUUUUUUGGUUAGAGUAGGGGGUUGGUGAUUGUAGAGUUUAUUUUUUAAUUAAAUUUGGCCAUUUUAGAUAAACUUGAUUGAACGUAUCAACGUGAUAUUUCGCGAUGUCGACUGGGGACUGUCAGCAAGAGGAGAACGCUUAAAAAACCUAGGAUUUACUAUCAAAGAAAUGAAGAUACAUGAACGUAAGAACAACUUGUCAAGCCAUUUCAACUAUAUCUCACCUAAUCGUUAUGCUAACGCCGAUCAGGUUCUUCAAUCUUUUUCACGAACAGAAGGAGCCAACACUUGUAUUACGUUCUUGAUCUCGGGAAAAGUUUUUGAUAUGGGUAUAUUGGGCUUGGCAAACAUUGGAAAUGUUGGUGAGAAACGAGGAGUUUGUGGCGAAUCAAACACGAACACUGGUGUCGUAUCAGUACAACGAAAGUCCGGUUUGAUCAUUACAAGUGUGGUAGAUUUGGUUGUGGCUCAUGGUACAUUUUGAUUAAGUUCUUGCAUAUUUAAAGACGAUUUAAUAACUUAAUACUAAUUUAGGCAGUGUAGUUGUUAUAGCUUUUUAAAGUAACUAUUUACUACGUUUUUACAGAGAUUGGUCAUCUAUGGGGGAGCAAUCACGACGCAAUAGACGAUCCCCGCUGUGUACCCACAGAUUCUCCCGAAGGUCGGUACAUAAUGCACGAGAGUUCGAACAGCGGUUACGACCGUAACAACUACCGUUUUAGUCCGUGCUCAAAAAUGGCCAUUCAUCGGGUUUUGUACACUGCAGUGGAUCAAUGUUUUGUCGACGAACAGAAAUCUUUGUGUGGAAAUAAUAUUGUGGAAGCUGGGGAGGAGUGUGAUCCAGGAGGUCAAUUGUUGACUGGAACAGCUGUCCACAAUGAUACAUGUUGCACGUCACAAUGUAAACUAAAAAUCAACGCAAAAUGUUCUCCAAAACAUUCUGAGUGCUGCACAAAAGACUGUUCUUAUUUACCGGCUACACAUCUUUGUCAGCCUAGCAAUAAGAAUAAUUGCAGUCAACCAGCGUUUUGCACGUAAGUUAUGCCAUGUGUUAAAUUAUAAACUAUAAAAAUUACAUGUUAGAGUACUAAGAUCUAGUUUUAAUUUUUUUUACGAAAAUGAAUUUUACAUACAUACUAUGUUUGAUGACUUAAUUUUCAGAGGAUACAGUGCAAAAUGUCCAGAACCAAAACCUGUCCCCGAUGGUACAGACUGCUUUGAUGAAGGAAAGUGUCUCAGCGGUAAAUGCAUUGAUUUUUGCCACCAAAUAUCUUCCAGUUCGUCACCGUGUAAUUGCGAAAAACGUAAGUAAAAAAGAUUUUAUAGAAAUUAAUUUUGAAAAUUCUCUUUAGCGAAAGAAAUGUGUAUGCGAUGUUGUCGUUCACCUGCGGGACAUUGCGAACCAGUUAAACCAGUACGGUACCUUGUUAAUGGCUCCAUUUGCAUCCACGGACGUUGUAACAAUGUAAUUUGACAAAGCUUUAGUGAAUUUAUAUAAAAGUUACUUAUAUCUGUUUACUGUUGUUUUUAAAUUACUUCAUUUUCCGGAAAAAUAACUAUUUAUAAUACUUUUAGAAAUUAUGCGUCAAGGAGGUGACAGACGCUGCAACGCAUUUUUGGAGGAUCAUUAAAGAUAUUCGAGACAAUCCAUCAUCAGAACAUCUUGCACAUUACAUAGUUUUCAUAACAAUUUGUGCCACACUGUUGGUAUGGGGUCCGUGUGUUGCAUGUGUCAUGUAUAACGUAAGUCGGUUUAAAAUGACGAUAAUGCCAAGAUUUAGGAUCGUCGUAAAAGAAGACAUCGAGUCAGAAUGGCCCAACCUGAUGAUAAUUUUGCAAAAAGCGGAAUGAGCAGAUCAGUCAGCAAUCCACAAAAUUCAAAACUGUUAUAA